AACAAAGCGUCACGCCGUCCCCCUUCUUCAUCAGUCCCCGCUCCAUUUCAAUUUUCACACAAAACCCUAAAUCCUGCUCCUUGCAAUGGCGGAGCUAAAACUCUCUGAGAGCCGAGACCUGACUCGAAUUGAACGAAUAGGGGCCCACUCCCAUAUCCGGGGCCUAGGCCUUGACUCCUCCCUGGAGCCUCGCGAAGUCUCGGAAGGGAUGGUGGGCCAAACCCAAGCACGAAAAGCCGCCGGUGUCAUUCUCCAAAUGAUCAAAGACGGAAAAAUCGCGGGCCGUGCAAUCUUAUUAGCGGGCCAACCUGGAACUGGCAAAACCGCCAUCGCCAUGGGCAUGGCAAAGUCCUUAGGCCUUGAAACCCCUUUUGCUAUGCUCUCCGGCAGCGAAAUCUUCUCCCUCGAAAUGUCGAAAACUGAAGCGUUAAUGCAGGCGUUUCGAAAGUCCAUCGGAGUAAGAAUCAAGGAAGAAACCGAAGUAAUUGAAGGCGAAGUCGUUGAAAUCCAAAUCGACCGCCCGGCUGUUUCUGGGGCGGCUUCGAAAACAGGAAAAUUGACUCUUAAAACGACAGAUAUGGAAACCGUUUAUGACUUAGGAGCGAAGAUGAUUGAGGCAUUAGGGAAAGAGAAAGUGCAGAGUGGGGAUGUUAUAGCUAUUGAUAAAGCUUCUGGGAAAAUAACAAAGCUUGGGAGGUCGUUUUCGAGGUCGAGGGAUUACGAUGCAAUGGGACCCCAAACUAAGUUCGUGCAAUGUCCGGAUGGAGAGUUGCAGAAGAGGAAAGAAGUUGUUCAUUGUGUUACACUUCAUGAGAUUGAUGUCAUUAAUAGCAGAACACAGGGAUUUCUUGCUCUUUUCACAGGUGAUACUGGUGAAAUCCGUGCUGAGGUAAGAGAACAGAUUGAUACAAAGGUGGCAGAGUGGAGGGAAGAAGGAAAGGCAGAAAUUGUGCCUGGUGUUCUCUUUAUUGAUGAGGUGCACAUGCUUGAUAUCGAGUGCUUUUCCUUCCUGAAUCGUGCCCUUGAGAAUGAGAUGGCCCCAAUCUUGGUUGUUGCUACCAACAGAGGAAUUACUACGAUUCGAGGCACAAAUUACAAAUCCCCACAUGGAAUUCCAAUUGAUCUUCUUGAUCGACUACUAAUCAUCACUACUCAACCUUAUUCUGCGGAUGAAAUUCGCAAGAUUCUAGAUAUCAGGUGCCAAGAGGAAGAUGUAGAGAUGUCUGAAGAUGCAAAACAACUGUUGACAAAAAUUGGGCAUGAGACAUCCUUGAGAUAUGCAAUCCAUCUGAUCACUGCCUCUGCAUUGAAUUGUCAGAAGCGGAAGGGAAAGGUCGUGGAAGUACAGGAUAUCACUCGUGUUUACAGUCUGUUUCUAGAUGUGAGGAGAUCGACACAGUACUUGAUGGAGUACCAAAAAGAAUACAUGUUCAAUGAAGCAGCAAUGGAUGAUGGUGGGGAAGAUGAUGCUGCUGCCAUGCACGAUUGAUAGUUCCUUUAAGUUGAGUUGAAGAUUUUGUUAUAUCAUGUUUCCUUGUUAACGGUCUUCAAACAUUGCGGUACUGCAAUUGUUCUCUGUCUGACAUUAUUUUGGUAGUUUUCAUCGCAAUGGUGAAUUUGUAUUGUAAUUUAUAUGCAAUACCAACUCAUAUUUUCAUGCUAGAAACAAGGCACACCGUUCAUGCAUAAUGUGAUCAACGCAAAAUGAAUGGAGGUUUCAUGCACAAAAGCAUAAUAAAAAAAAGCUGAUACUCAGACCAAAUUAUAAUGCUAUGUGAUGAACGUCUUUACAUGUUUGCCCGAACCAGGACCAAAGAUAACAGACAUAGCACUUUCUAUAAAUCUCAAGAGCAUGUAAACAAUCACAUUCAAAGCAAAAGUUCCAGUGACAGAAGGUCCAAAAUCAUUAUGCCAAAUGAACUAACUUCUGCUGGAUGUGGCCCAAGUUGAACUAGUACUCUUAAGCAUUGGUCCAAGAAGAAUCAGACGCCAAUAUACAAUUGCAGCUAUUCCCAAUUUCAACUACAUUCCAUGUGACUAGAAAGGAUGGGCAGAGGAGUCAUGCCAUGAUUGCAGCAGUAUGCGAGCCGUGCUUCACUGUAGCUACCAGCUAUUGUCUUUUCU